UGGGCGUAAUCAGUCCUGGGUAAUCGACAAUCGAGACGUGUGGUACUGAAGACCACAUCAUAAACUUAAAACUUCUUCAAAGACUUUUUCUCAUCAGAGUACAUAAAGAUUUAGUUUAUAAAGGUUUUAUACAGAGUCGCCUCAGACUGAACCAGAAUGUGAAACUUUAACAACUUGAAGUCAAGUUUUGCCUCGCUUGAGAAAAGAUUUACCAGAGACAUGAGCGUCAGAUUUGAGGAGCUCUGGGUGUAGGAGGUGAUCACUGGAGAAGGGAUGGCAGCGCAGUUUACCAUCGACGAUGCCUUUGUGUUGGAAGGAGAUGAGGAGGGAGCUGUGUCUGAUGGAGAGACAGAAGGGUGGAAGGGCAGAGACAAGGACAGAGAUGGAGAGAUGACAUUCGGCCCUCUUUCUUUCUCCAAACCUCAAACUCACCCUAUACCUGCUGCCACAGGCUCACCUGAGCACAGUAACCUUAAGUAUCAGAAUCUGGAAAAUGAAGACGGCAUGGGUAACAAUGGCAAUUCCUCAUUCAAUAACUUCUUCAAAAUCAGUGACCCUGCAACACUGUCUUACUGCAGCUCCCAGUGGUCCUUCAGCACCUUGAGUUCUGUCACACAGCUCUCUGCACACUGCUGUGGGUGGGUGUCCCAUCCACUUGUGAAGAAAAACAGAAGAGUUGUUCUUGCUUCAUUCCUCCUCCUCAUCACUGGGGUUGCUCUUAUUUUCACUGGCAUCAUCAUACAGCUGAAUCCAAAUGCAGGUGUUUCAAGUGCUAUUUUCUUCGUCCCUGGAUUUCUUCUUUUCAUCCCUGGAGUGUAUCAUGUGAUCUACAUCAGCUGUGCUGUCCGUGGUAGAAGAGGCUUCAAAUUGUUCUACCUACCAUAUUUUGAAAAAUAACAUUUCAUGAGACACUACAUUUCCACUACACUUCUGUUUGCUAUAAUAAAAUGAAAUGUGUUUUAUUACAACUUUGUUGGUUUUUUUUUGUUUUUGUUUGUUUUGUUUUUUUUGUCAUUGUAAGGACCACUGCUACUGGAACCACUCAAUGCCCUGACUACGUUUUCACUAGAUGAACUGUCAUAGCUGUAUGUGUACACUUAAAAGAUUAAUGGUCUUGCCUGUGGUUUUCUUUUAUGUUAAUGAAAUCUGUGAAAUUCCAAUAAAAAAAAUGUUUGUAUAUUUUAA